GCAGCAGCUCCGUAGAAGUCGGGCUUUGCUGGUUGUUGUGCUCCUCCGUUCCCUCGCGCCCACACGACGCAUGCGCUUGCUGAGAGGACGACCAUUAAGUUGUCUCCCUCUAUCGUUAUCGUGGCAAACGCGUGGUGGGCCAUAUCUUGACCGGAGUAAGCCAGCAACAGAGUGCUUGGCAACAUUUGCGACGAUUAAUAUGACCACCUCCGAGGGUGCAAACACUAGCAGCAGCAGCGGGAGCAGCAGCGCUUCUUCGAGACGAGAGAAAGCAGCGCAGGCUGCGGAGCGACGGCUACAGGCAUCAAAAUCACCGUCGACUACAUCUUCUGCUACUGCAAGCAUUGACCGCGGCCAUGGAGCUGGAGAGCCAGUUAGCCCCGCCGCCGGCGAGAGGAGUCGUAAGCGGAAGGCUCCUUCUGCCUCUGUUCAACAGAUCUGUUUCUCUGACAGCGAUAACGGGUCCGAGUCGGGCGUGGUAUUUGUUGGAGUUGUUGCUGGGUCUUCCUCAUCCGCCCACAGGGAUAACACCGCCGCUGCCGCUGCUGGUGCUACACUGGCAGUAAGGAAGAACAAGCGUGAGAGGAAGGAACCGAAAGCAACGGACACCUCUGGUGCUGCUGGCGGUGCUGAUGGGGCUCUCGGUGUUACUGGAGCCGCCGGGCGCAGGACUGAAGCAAGCUCGGCAGCAGGGAGCAGCGGCGGCGGCGGCGGCAGCGUUGCACCUCACUCCCCCAAGACGUGUCGCGUGGUGAGCAUUGUUACCGUCGUAGCUGCCGAAACGUUGUUCGUUUAG